GUUGCCUACCACCACCGUCUCCCAUCUGUCUACAGUCCACGCGAGAGUCCAGCCCAGCCUACCCCCACCGAUGGACGCGGCGGCCGGUGGCCACCGCUGGACGGAGGAGGUGGACGACCUGGUCGACGCCGGGGACGUCGACGGCGCCAUCUCCCUCCUCGAGUCCGUGGUCUCCAGCCUCUCCACCGCCGCCCCCUCGCCUCCGCCGGCGGGCGCCGAUCUCCGCCUCGCCACGGCGCUCGGCGACCUCGCCGGCCUCCACGCCUCCCGUGGGAACACCCUCCAGGCCGACGCCAUCCGCUCCCGCGCCAUCGUCCUCCGCCUCCGCGCCGAGAAAGAAGCCCCCCGGCCCCAGGCCCUAGGGGAUCAUGCGACGGCGGAGAAUUCUGCAUCGCCAGAGGCCUCUACGGGAUCUAAGGACUCGAAAGCCUUGUCUAGCGUCGACGACAAGGACGGAGAUGAAGAUGAUGAUUGGGAGGCUAUUGCGGACCGUGGCGAUGAGACACCGGUGCGCCCCCUCGUGCAAGAGGCGAGGGUGACAACACCUUGUAGUUCUUCAGAGAAAAGUAGCACUUCAUCUUCAGGGACCAAGAGGAGAGGAAGGGGUUCGUUUCUUUAUGACAAGAGUGUUCUGUACAGCGACCAGUGCGGUUCAGAGAGGGAUCUGGAUGACAAACGGUCUGAUCCAGCUCGUGGUGGAUCAAAGGGUCAUGCGGAUGAGAAGGAUAACAAGGAUGCUGCAAAACGAUUUGGGACCAGGCACGCCCUUGUUCUUUACGACUUCCCACCUAGCACACGCACAACAGAUUUGGAAAGGAUCUUUGAGAAGUUUGGAGACCAUGGAGUUGCCAUCCGCUGGGUCAAUGAUUCUGUUGCACUUGCCGUUUUCCGGACGCCGUCAUCUGCUAAUGAGGCACAAGCUUGCGUGCCUCCAAGAUACAAAGUACGGUCACUAAAGGAUAAUGACGAUCUCUUGGCAAAAAUCGACGGUACAGACCUAGAACCACCGACGCCGAGGCCGAAGACGUCGGCGAGAACAGCGCAGAGGCUGAUCGCCCACGGGAUGGGGCUAAAGCAGUUCACGACCAUCGAUGCAGGUGAGCGGAAGGAGCAGGAGGAGGCGAGGAGGAGCCGGAUCACCGCCCGACAAGCUGCACGCGACGACGCCUGGGGCGAAGACUAACUAGCUGGCUGGCUGGCUGUCCGAGAACUGCUGUCGCUGGCUGGCGUGCGCGGCGCCGCCUCCUGCCGGGCUGCUCCCAGUCAAACCUCUGGGUUUGUUUCACACGUAUCACGGGGGUGUUUAAAUUACAUGUUGAUGGUGUUGUUUGAGUGGCGGUGAUGGUAUCCCUGGUUUCAUUGGAUUUUACUGUGGUUUCCCACUCCCAGGAUUGUAAUGUCAGAGGUGCAGAGGCUGGGAGGCUGUUGUGGGAAAGAAAAAUAAACCUUGUUUACCACAAAUUAAUUUAAGUGCUAUGUGCCUAAGGUGAUUUACCUGAA